CGCCCGGACUUGCAUUCAACAACAUCCACGAUAACGAGAUAGCGAGACCGACAAGUGAAUGAUGGCCUCAGAAACAUCGAGAGAGUCGGAAAGCGACUACGAGGACUCCUCCUUGGGCAGCGACGCCGAGAGCAGUUUACAUUCUUUGGAAUCGUGGGUAGAGAAGGAUAGGGAAGAAAAUGGCCGCCGGUACCACUCAUUCAAAGACGGAGCCUAUCUCAUGCCGAAUGACGAACACGAAUUGGACCGCCUCGACCUGCACCACCACGUUACGCUGUUAAUGAUGGAUGACAAGUUGCAUUUUGCGCCACUCGAGAGUCCCCAUCGUGUUUUGGAUGUCGGGACUGGAACAGGGAUAUGGGCGAUCGAUUUUGCGGACUUGUUUCCCGCGGCUUCGGUCAUCGGUACGGACCUGUCACCAGUACAGCCUAAAUGGGUCCCUCCGAAUCUUGAAUUCCAAAUAGAUGACGCCGAAGACGAGUGGACCUUUCACGAUAAGUUCGACUAUAUCCACAUACGCAGCAUGGCCGGAUCGUUUGGAGACUGGAAUAAGCUCCUGGCGCAAGCGUUCGCGAACCUUAACCCCGGCGGAUACGUCGAAAUCCAAGAGCACGAAGCGUGGUACAACUGCUACGACGAUUCAUUGGAGAAGGCGCCCAACAUCAUGAACUGGAUGACAAAGCUCAGGGAGGCAUCGGAGAAGAUCGGAAAACCUUUCUUAAUGCUGAAUACGCUUGCGAAGACUCUCGAAAAUGUCGGAUUUGUCGACGUCAAUCAAACUAUCAUGGAAGUGCCCACUGGCCCGUGGAAAGAAGACAAGAAGUUCAAACUCGCGGGCAUGUACCAGCGCGAGCAGAUGAUCGAAGCGGCGAGCGCGUAUGGCACCGCACACUUUACGCGCGUGCUCGGGUGGAGUCUCCAGGAAUACCAGGUUUUGAGCAGCCGUGUCCGCAAGGAAAUGCGUAAUGAAGAUCUCCGUCUUUGGUCGAAGCUUUAUGUUGUACAUGCUCGGAAGCCUGCAUGAUAGGUGGCAAUGCCAUUGUCAAAUAUUUCUCUGUGUCCUUGUGAAUAGGGCCGUAAUACAUUCCGCAUGUAUAUCUGAC